GCUUUAAAGUCUGCCAUGUUACGAACUUGUGGCCUUGCCGAGGAGGAAUUUACAGGAAGGAUGGCCCACGAUUUGCCAAUGCUCUAUGGCCGCUUGUGCGAUGCCAAGCCUCAGACAAGCAGCCAAGCGCAGGCACUCAAAGAUCUCCCUGCCAGCCUUGAAGACAUGACAUGGCUGAAGACGGCCUACCUGGCCACGCGCUACCCAAACGUUCUUCCCCGCGGCCAGGUGCCAGCGCAGGCUUAUGACAUGGCAGCUGCGCAGCGUGCUGGCAAGGUUGCGGAGCAGUUUCCUG